AUGUCUGCUGCCGCCGCCUCUGCCCGCACCCGCCCGCCGAACUGGAAGGCGCGCGCGCCGCCUCCUCUGCCCGGCCCCGCAUUCGCUGCACAGGACAGCUUGCCCCGCCUUCCUGUUCCCCCGCUUCCCCAGACGCUUGAGCGGCUCAAGGAGAGCCUGCGCCCGAUCUCGCAUACUCAGGACGAGUACAAGUCGGUCGUCGACAAGAUCGACUGGUUCGCCAUUCAGGAGGGACCGGAGCUGCAGCGCCGGCUCGAGGAACACGCUUCGACGCGAGAGCACUGGCUUGAGGAAUGGUGGGAUGAUGGCGGCUACCUUGGCUACAGGGACUCUGUCGUCAUCAAUGUUUCCUACUACUAUGGCUUCACGAAGCACCCAUCACACCUAAAGCAAACGCCGGCUGCGCGUGCUGCUGCCCUGGCGCGCGCAGCGAUGCUGUUCCGCCAACGAUGGAAGCAAGGGAAGCUCGAGCCGGACCGCACGAAGGACACCGUCUUUUGCAUGGACACAUACCGCUGGAUGUUCGACUGCUGCCGCGUCCCAGGACACGGACUGGACUGGAGCGUCACGCAUGCGAAGCCAGGAGACACCGGCGACAGCGGCCAUAUUAUUGUCACUCGCAAUAAUCGGUUCUGGAAAGUCCCUGCCGCGCAGGAUGGUCGCAUCCUCAGCACGGAAGACUUUGAAAGGCAAAUACAGCACAUCUACGACGCGUCAGAGGGUAAGCCUUACCCCGGUGUUGGCGUCUUGACGGCGUCCAACCGCGAUGUAUGGGCAAAGGACUUCGACGAACUCGUCGCGUCACCACACAACGCCACAAUCCUUGAUGCUAUUCACUCUGCCUCCUUCCUCGUAUCACUCGAACCCACGCCCCAAGCCGCAUCGAACUCUACACAUGAUGUCGCUGUUGCACAUUCUCGUGCUCUGUGGCAUGGUGCUGUCGUUGAUGGCCAGCCUAUCGGCCUGCAGAACCGCUGGGUAGACAAGCCAGUCCAAUUCAUCGUCUUCGACGAUGGGUACGCAGGAAUCAUGGGCGAGCACUCCGUCAUGGAUGGGACUCCCACCGUCCGCCUCUGCGAUGACGUCCUCGCCGCCCUCGAGAAGACCGACUUUGACCACGGUUCCCCCGCCUCCAACGCCCCUCAGCCCACCCCCCUCGACUUCGAAAUCACACCCGCCACCUCCGCCGCUAUCGCACGUGCCAACGCCGAUGCCGUCGCCCUCAUCUCCAGCCAGGCCCUCACCUUCCUGCGCACCUCCUACGGCAAGGCCGCCAUCAAGGCCGCGGGCGUCUCCCCCGACUCCUGGACGCAGCUCGUCGUGCAGCUCGCCUACGCGCGCCUGCUCAAGCGGCUCGGGCAGCAGCGCGCGGGCGGCACCUACGAGGCCGCGACGACGCGGCGCUUCCGCAAGGGCCGCACGGAGGCGAUCCGCGUCGUGAGCAGCCAGGCGGACGCGUGGGUCGCGGCGAUGAAUAUGGACAACGUCGGCACACAGCAGCGGCGUGAGUUCUUCAUUGCCGCGGUGAAGAAACACGUGCAGCGCGCGAAGGAGGCGGGCGCGGGGCAGGGGGUGGAUCGGCAUUUGUUGGGGUUGAAGAAGGUGGUGAGGGAAGGGGAGAAGGCGCCGGAGUUGUUUGCGGACCCGGUGCUGGCGAGGUCGAGCAAUUGGGUGCUGAGCACGUCGGCGAUCUUCUCAAAGAGGUUUGAUACGUAUGGAUGGGGCGAGGUUGUGCCCGAGGGCUUUGGUGUACCGUAUAUGACUGGCUUUGACGACUACUUGCAGUUCACCAUCACCUCGCGCAAAGAAAUGCCAAACAAGGAGUUCAUCGACGAGAUUGAGAAGGCGGCCAACGAUGUUUACAACCUCUUUCUGUCUGGGAAGAGUGCCCUGUAG